CAAAUCUAAUAGUUUUUUUCCUACAGCAUAGAAUAAGUUUCGUUCCUACUUCUGGCGAACGCAGAAAAUCUAGCGAUGUGUCGAUGGGUAUUUUGUGUUAUUUUAUUUUCCUCUGUUGCGAAUCUUGCUUCUCUUGCUACCUACGUCGAGCCGAGAUGCUUUAUUGCUGACGGGGAAAAGCAAAACUGCGGAUAUCCUGGAAUCCAAAAAGUUGCAUGCGAAACACGAGGAUGUUGCUUUAACAGUCAACCGACAAACGUACCAUGGUGUUAUCAAGCAAAAAUCAUCCGAAAUUUCAUGCGACCUGGUGCGUUCCGGCCAAUACCUACUACUACUCGUGGCGUACUUGCGACUAGCGUGCCUACAACUCCUAACACAACAACAACGACGACGACAACAACAACGCCAGCCCCAACAACAACAACAACAAGAGCUACAACGACAACAAGAGCUACAACGACAACAAGAGCUACAACAAGAGCUACAACGACAACAAGAGCUACAACAAGAGCCUCAUCUGAACGCAGCAAUCCACAUAAAUUAAACAUCUUGGCACUGGUUCAGAUGAUCAGAGAUAAAGUACCUCAAGGAAUUAUAAACAGUCUUCUUGCAGACGCUAUCCCCAACGGUGAACUGAUAUACGCACUACGAGACGGAAAACUUGACCGAAAUGAAUAUCUCCGUCUGAUGAAAGGCCCUGGUAUCAACUUUAACGCAAUGGUUUCUUACCGACUCAGCGGAGGCAAUCUCAACUCUAUGAUAUACGAUCGCCUUUCCAGAGCUUACGGCGUCGAUUCUAUGGCAGUUCAACUGAUGAUGUCAGACCGUAAAGAUGCUGCAGCACGCCAUCUUGCGGCUAGAAUGUCAACCAACAGACGUAUGAGCCCAGUCAACAGUCUUAUUCUUCGUGCCGUGUCAUCUGGAAAUGGACUUACUGGAAACGACAUCAAGUCAUUCAUUAUUGACCAAUCGUACUCUCACUUGAGUCGUCUAACGCGCGAAGCACUGAAAGCGUUUAUAUCUGGCAACACUGCACAAGCUUACCGGUUCGUUAUUCUGGAUUCUGCAACAAGAAGAAGACAAACAUUUAACGAAUCUUACGAAACGAACGAAGCUCUCUUCGCAUACAUGGUGGACAACCAGAAGUUCCACCCGGGCCGAAUUACACCAAGUGUCCUGCUUUCCCUGGCAAGGAACGAACGAAUUACAGCUCUUCCCGAUAAAGAAUUCACGGAGUUAUUCGGAGUAUCAGCUUUCGAUUAUGUAUGCGCCGCCCAUCAACCAAGUAUCCGUCUACCAUGCUCCAGGUUAGGCAAUGGGUUAUACCACUCAACCUUGGAAUGUAUUAACGCUGGUUGUUGUCUUGCACAAGCACAAUUCCCUGACGAACGACCGAUCUGUUACGAAAACUUGCUCGGAAAUAUAGGUGUUGGAAUGGCUAAACACGUAUGGGACGAAGACUACAUUGUAAACACUGUGUUCAAAGGAAAUCUCCCAACCUUGGCAAGUUUCUAUCCCGAAGGCAUCCCAUGGAUUCCAAGCAAAACUAUCCCAUCUGCUCUCACCAAUGCAGCAAGCAUGGACCCGAAUCAACCAAGCUGGUUCAACUCCCUCAAUGUUCACGGACUCAUGUUGCACCCACGACCGACCGGAGUGCCAAACACUGGACCGAGCAGAUCGAGACCAAACUUUGUAUGGAGACCACAUGGGCCAACUCCAUUCCCAGGCGCCACAAUGAUGCCAGAUGGAAGCUCAAAUAUUGUACCAGUCGCUACUAGUUCACCCGGUAUAUUAGGAGGACCUCACGUACCUGCAGUUGGUGCAAGUCCAAUCGUCAUGGGCCUUUCGCUCAACAACCUGGCUUCUUGUCGGGGUGUUCAACGAGACGACAGAUAUCAAUGCAUGUCGAACACUGAAGCGUUGGUGAGCGGUGGUGAAGCGGCUUGCAGGAGAUUGGACUGUUGUUUUGACCCAGUGUGGACGGAUCUUACUAUACCCGCUUGCUUUAGAAAGGCCACUUAUGGCCAAUGUCAUUCUGUUGCCCCUGCAGACCGAGAAGAUUGUGGAGAACCAGGCGUCAGUGAAGCAGAAUGCGUUUCUAACCCUCGUUGUUGCUAUGAUAGUACCGUUGAUCCAGCUCGUUACAGAAAUCCAGUGCCCUGGUGUUACUAUAAACUGCAAUCCUUCGUUACCGAAGAGGAGAGAUGUACCAGAGUGGGAAAUGGAAACAGAAUUGGGUGUUUUCCAUCUAGCUCAGGACUUGAUAUUAACGACAUUGUGACACGACAAACCUGUGAAGCCGCCAGCGACUGUUGUUAUGAUGAAGUCACUUUAAGUUACUUUGAAAGAGAACUCGGAGCGAGAAAACCCCCUAACUGCUACAAGAAAAUGAACGUUGUAAUUGACACUACCGUUGCCCCGCCAACUACAACAGCUGGACCAGCAGCUCCAGCCCCAAGGUGCAAGGACAGAAAUGAAUUACCACCUAAUCAACGUGUAGACUGCGGUAACUUCGAUUUCCACGUAUGUGUGUAUGAGAAAGGAUGUUGUUACUUGCCGGAAAUCAUUAUACCUGGUUCCCCAUGGUGUUUCCAAAAAAGUUAACUGAAGCACCAGCAAUUCAAAUGUAACCAUAUUAUGCCAAAUCACUUCAUUCUAACUGGCUUGUUUUUUACGCAGCAUAUUCACGUUUAAUUAUGUAAUGUACUUCUAACCGGCCUUUAACGCCAAUGAACCGCGUUCUAACAUGUCUUUUAUUAAUCGUACUUCUGUAUUUGUUCCUUUUUUAUUUAUUCUUAUAUUUUUCAGUCUUGCAAAUACAGAAGGCUUUUUUAACUUUAAAACGGCGCCUGCGAAUGGCACCUCAAAGAGCCUUGGGUUAAUGAAUUGAAUUGACAUUUUCUCUACUUCACUCUUUAAAUCGAUAUUUACUGAAAUGUUAUACCGUUUGUAAAUCUUCUGUUGAAAUACAUACUAACGAUUACAGUGAA